AUGGGCGAUGGAACUUGGGGAUCAUCACUACCGUCUCUGUCGUCACCUGCGAUUUCAACGCUUUCUCUGAAGACCAAAAUCUCCUUCAAAACUGGAGCAGCAACAGCGGUAACAGUAACACCCUUCUAUACAUUGAAGCCGGAGCUUCCCCCGAAAAGUCCAAUGCUUGGUAGCUCCGAUUUGUUAACCGCAUACGAUCUUGGUGCUGUGUACAGUCGGUACUGCUGUGCAAAGAAGAUGCGUGAAGAUCUCAACUCGUUUCUACCUCAGAUUUACGGGAAUUUCAAUUUUUCUCAGGCUCAAGACAUAAGCUCAUUGAAAAUGCUUGUGGAGAAACCACCGAUAACUGGUAAAGAAAUCAAUACGUUGUCUUCAACAGCUAUGAGUGGAUUCCGUCUGACCCCAGGGCCAGUGGAUGAGAGGUAUCGAUACCUUUUCGAAAAGAAACGUGAAGGAGAUGGCAUGCCAGUUAUAUACGAUGUAGAGCGAAAGGAUUACAGCGGUGGUCAGAGAUAUAAAAAUUCUUUGGAUAGUUUAGACGGU